UGUGUAUCUAAAGUGAUAUGUAGCAAUGGAUUCACUUUGGAUCCAAUAUCAGGACAAUAUUGCAUUGAUAUCGAUGAAUGUGCGAAUGGUACUCAUGAAUGUACUCCGGAUCAGACAUGCGAAAAUAGGCCAGGUGGUUACGUUUGCACUUGUCCGCCAGGACACGUUGCCGGACCAAAUAAGGACUGCGUUGAUAUUGAUGAAUGUAGUCUUUAUGGUAAUAUAUGUGGAUCAAAUAGUCAGUGUGAAAACACUGUUGGUUCUUUCCGAUGUAAUUGCGAGAAUGGUUUCGAAAAUAUUGGUGGUUUUGCUGGUGGUAGUUGUCAGGAUAUCGAUGAGUGCCAACGAACCCCUAAUUUGUGUCAACAUAUGUGUUUCAAUGUAUGGGGUAGUUAUAGAUGUGCUUGUAAACCUGGAUUCAGGUUGAACCCUGAUAAUCGUUCUUGCACAGACGUCGAUGAAUGUACGGAGUUCAAAAAGAACAAUUUGUGUAUAGGAAUUUGUGAAAACACACCAGGAAGUUACACUUGUAAAUGUCCAGAUGGUUACAAACUUGGAUUUAAUGGUCGUACUUGCGAAGUGAAACGUGGCAUAUGCACGAUAAGAGCUCUUGGUCGUUUAUUAAUUUUCGCGUGUCUAUCUCCAUUAUCUCGUUUAUAUACUUAUGGUCUGUACUUGACCCAGUUAUCGAAAAUCUGGGCCAUUACU